AUGCGCUUUCUCGAUCUUGCUGUUGCUCUUUCGAGCCUGGCAACGUUCGUCACGGCUGCUCCAACCUCGCUUGGAAAGAGCCAACUGCCCGACGGAUUGCCUUCUCCGAGUCCAGAACAGCUAGAUCUAAUCAAGCAAGCCGCUCAUGGUACUCUGCCAAAUGGUCCCCCUCCGCCAGUGAUCAGCAGCGAUGGCAUUGUGAAUCUGAAGUUGAUUGCCUUCAACGAGCUUUUCGAGGUGGCAUUCUUCAACGAGCUGAUCACCAACAUCACCAACAACGUUGAGGGCUAUGAUAUUGACGAUGAGGAAGAUCACAUCAAGACCCUGGAUGCCUUGAAGGCAAUUCUCGCUCAAGAGGAACUGCAUGCCCUGCGUGCCAACGACGCCUUGGUAAACUUCAAGGUGGACAAGAUCGAACCCUGCCAAUACAAAUUCCCCGUCGAUAACUUUGAAUCUGCCAUCGCCCUCGCCGCGACCUUCACCGACGUCGUCCUGGGCACCCUGCAGGAUGUCGUGGAGCGCUUUGCCCUUGGGCGCGACGUCGAUCUCGCUCGUGAAAUCGCCUCCGUCAUUGGCCAGGAAGGAGAACAGCAGGGAUGGUUCCGUGUACUCCAGGGCAAGAUCCCUAGUGAAUUGCCCUUCUUGACUACCAGCGACCUCAACUUUGCUUUUACCGCCAUCCAAGGCUUUGUCGUGCCGGGUACCUGCCCCAAUAUCGAUGAGAUUCCACUGCGCACCUUUGAGGGAUUGGAGAUUCUUUCACCCCCUGGCCCUCACAGUCAGAAUAUCACUAUCCAGUUCGAAGACUCCGACCACGAGGCGGAGCACUCGCUGUGGUUGACUUAUAUCAAUCAGCAGAACUUGCCGAUUGUUGAGCCCCUCCACAUUAUCAGUCGGAACAAUGACGAGGUCAAGGCAGAGGCGCUCUUCCCAUUCGAUGACCAUGAAAUGAAUGGCUUGACCAUUGCCGCGGUGACAAAGUCUGCCGGUCCAUUCAGUGAUGCGAGCAGCGUGGCUCAAUGGACACUUGCUGGGCCUGGUUUGAUCAUCGUCAACUAA